UCCUCUGGGCCAGCCAUGGGCAGGAACCAGGGCAAAGCAUCCCAGCGCCUGGCGAGACCUGGGAGGCCAGCUUCACGGGAGCAGGAGUCAGGGUCAGCCAGCGCGGACAGCGCGCCCAGCCGCGAACGCAGGUACGACCGCGGUCAGGCGGACAAGGCGAGACCGGCCGCUGAGCGCGCCACCGCCAGAGGCCAGGGGACCGCUGGUGGCCGCAAGAAGUCUACUGCAGAGGAGAACGGCGGCUGCAGACGGCCAGGGACUGGGUCGCCCCCGGAGGCCCAGGAGAGGCAAGGCAGUGCGCGGCGUCAGGGACGCGGGCCCAGGGACGGCCGCGGGGGGCGCCUGGAGGAGGGGAGCCUGUCCCGAGAAGAGCGAGGCGGCCGCCGCAGGAGGAAGGGGAAGGGGCGGGAGUCCUCGGCUCGGCGGGACCACCGGGCGCCCGGGAGCCUCUAUGGGGACAUGUCGGGCGGGGACAGAGGCAGCUCCUGUCCGGACAGCGAAGCCCGCGAGGCCCCGGAGAGCGGCAGCCAGCGCGGCGGAGCCCGAGAGCUGCGGCCCACGCCGGAGCCUACGGACACCGGCUCGGAAGGGACGAAAACCGGGCCGGAGUCAGCGCUGGACCCAAGCAGCGACGGCCUGGACAGCGACGGGCCCCGGGCACAUCCCCGGAGCCGGGUAGGGUCGUCGGGGGCGGGGCCCCUGGGAACCAGCGAGCAUUCCGGGGGGGACUCCGACUCGAGUCUGCUGGGAGCCGGACCUGGACGGGGCCCCCGGGGAGCUACGGCCUCCAGGACCUUCGAGGGCAGCUCGCGGUCUCCUCAGGACACUGGGCUGGCCCAGGACGCGAGCGACAACCGGGCGCAGCGAGGCGCCAAGCCAGAAACGGGGGAGGGCUCGACGGCCCGGGCUCCGCGCCGCCAGGUCGGAAAGGUUUUGGGGCCGGUGCCCUCCGCCGCAGGCGAGGACGAAACGGGAGCCGCAGCGGGAGAGGGGCCGGACGAGCCAGCCCCGCUGGCGUCCCUCCUGGCGGUCCGCAGGCUCCUCGCGAGGCCCCCGCCAGGCGCCGCUUCCCAGGUGGUGGGCCCCCGCCGCCCUGGCCUCAAGGAGCGGCUCCGGCGUGUAGCGCGAACACUGGGUCUCCUGAGCUGGCUGCGGCUGCAGCUGAAGCUGAGGCCGCCAGAGGGCGAGGGCCUGGGGGCGGGCCCAUGGGCGAGUGAGGGGCGGGGCCGCGGGAAAGCGGAUAAGGGGCGGGGCCACGAGAGAGGGGACGAGGGGCGGGGCUGCGGGAAGGCGGGCGGUGGGCGGGGCCGCGGGAAGGCGGAAGAUCAGCGGGUCCACGGGGAAACGGACGAGGGGCUGGGCUACAGGAGAGCGGAUGAGGGGCGGGGUCACGAGAGAGGUCACGAGGGGCGGGGCCGCGGGAGACCGGACGAGGGGCGGGGCCAUGAGCCCGGUCUGCGACGCCGUCUAGCAUUGCGCCUGGCGGGCUUAGCAGGGCUUGGGGGUAGCCCGACGGCUCCCCCUGGCGGCCGCUCGCGCCCCCUGCAGGUCCCGAGAAGCCCAGUCCUCGACGACGCUUUCGACCAGGGGGAUGGGACUCCAGAUCCCAAGUUCGCGGUCGUGUUCCCCAGGAUCCACAGGGCAGGGAGGGCGUCGGGCAGCCACAGCUCUGGAGAAGCGUCCGCGUCCGCCGAUGUCCCCACGGGGGAAGGCCGAGGUUGGCCUGGUGCAGGAGCGGCGGGGCACAGUGAGGGGCGCAGGGCGAGUGGGGAAGGGGUGUCCUGGCCUCAUCCGGGCUCCCUCCUCGCCCCGACUGCCCCCGACGGGCCCUCGCUCGACGAGAGCGGCUCCAGCAGUGAGACGGAGUCGGAGACCCUGGACGACGAGCCCCCGGUGCACUGGGCGCAGGGCUCCGGUCCCCGCGAGUGUCCUGGGCUUGGCGCCGCGGUACUGCUGCCCCGACUCGCCCUGGAGACCCGCCAGCAGCGGGAGGGAGACCUGGGCCCGCGCGGGUCCCUGAGGGAGCGGUGGGAGCCAGAGGAUGAGGCCGAGGCGGUGCUGGAGCGGGAUCUGGAGCUGAGCCUCGGGCCGGGCCUGGAGACGCCGCCCUUCCCCGGUGCCGAGGGCAGGAGCCUUGCAGACGGCCUAGAAGACGCUGAGGACCUGGCCCGACUGCGGCUGGUGUGUGACAGCUCUGUGCUGCUGUGCCUCAAGAAGAGAUUUCACCUGGGCCGCAUCUAUACCUUUGGGGGACCCCUCCUGCUCGCUCUGAACCCCCACCGGCCCUUGCCUCUCUUCUCACCUGAGGUCCAGGCCAGCUACCACCCAGGGAAGGCCCCCAGCACCACCCCGCACAUCUUUGCCAUCGUGGCAUCAGCCUAUGACCUGGCUCAGAAUACUGGGCAGGACCCCUGCAUCCUCCUGCGCUCUUCCCAAUGCAGUGGGCACAGCGGCUCAGGGAAGACGGAAGCCGCCAAAAAGAUCGUGCAGUUCCUAAGCAGCCUGGAGCAGGAUCAGACGGGGAACCGAGGGUGUCAGGUGGAGGAUGUGCUGCCCAUGCUCAACAGCUUUGGCCACGCCAAGACCACCCUCAAUGCCAACGCCAGCCGCUUCGGCCAGGUCUUCUGCCUCUACCUACAGCAAGGGGUCAUCGUGGGAGCCUGUAUGUCUCAUUAUCUACUUGAGACCUCCAGGGUGGUGUUUCAGGGCCAGGCCUGUAGGCUCCAAGGCAAGGAGGAUGCCCAGGACUUUGAGGGGCUGGUGAAGUCACUGCAGGGGCUGGGGUUGUGCCCCGAGGAGUUGAAUGCUGUCUGGGCUGUGCUGGCUGCCAUUCUGCAGCUGGGCAACAUCUGCUUCUCCUCCUCAGAGCAUGAGUCCCAGGAGGUGGCUGCUGUGUCCAGCUGGGCCGAGAUCCACACAGCAGCCCGGCUGCUUCGCGUACCACCAGAGCGCCUGGAGGCGGCUAUCACCAGGAGGGUCACGGAGACACCCUAUGGCCAGGUCUCACGAUCCCUGCCUGUGGAAAGCGCCGUUGAUGCCAGGGACGCCCUGGCCAAGGCCCUGUACUCACGGCUCUUCCACCGGCUUCUGAAGAGGACCAACAUGUGGCUGGCACCGCCAGGGGAGGGAGGCAGCAUUGACACCAUCACUGUCGUGGAUGCCUACGGCUUUGAGGCCCUGCGGGUGAAUGGCCUGGAGCAGCUGUGCAACAACCUCGCCAGCGAGCGCCUGCAGCUCUUCUCCAGCCAAAUGCUGCUGGCCCAGGAGGAGGAGGAGUGUCAGCGGGAGUUGCUGUCCUGGGUGCCUGUCCCUCAGCCUCCGAGGGAGUCCUGCCUGGACCUCCUGGUAGACCAGCCCCACAGCCUCUUGAGUAUCCUGGACGCCCAGACAUGGCUGUCCCAGGCCACAGACCACACCUUCCUCCAGAAGAGCCACUACCACCAUGGCGACCACCCCAGCUAUGCCAAGCCCCGGCUGCCCCUGCCUGUGUUCACCGUGCGACAUUAUGCAGGGACUGUCACCUACCAGGUUCACAAGUUUUUAAACAGAAACCGGGAUCAGCUGGACCCUGCCGCCAUGGAGAUGCUUGGCCAGAGCCAGCUCCAGCUGGUGGGCAGCCUGUUCCAGGAAGCAGAGCCCCAGUCCAGGGGAGAGCGAGGCAGACCCACGCUGGCCUCUCGCUUCCAGCAGGCCCUGGGGGACCUCAUAGCCCAGCUGGGCAGGAGCCAUGUCUAUUUCAUCCAGUGUCUCAGUCCUAACGCUGGAAAGCAUCCAGGCCUCUUUGACGUGGGACAUGUGGCAGAGCAACUGCACCAGGCAGCCAUCCUGGAGGCCGUGGGCACCCGCAGUGCCAACUUCCCCGUGCGCUUGCCCUUUGAGGCCUUCCUGGUCAGGUUCUGGGCCCUGGGGUCAGAAAGGCAGGAAGACCUCUCUCAGCGGGAGAAGUGUGGUACCAUCCUGAGCCAGGUGCUGGGGGCCGAAUCACCUCUCUGUCACCUCGGAGCCACCAAGGUCUUGCUGCGGGAACAGGGCUGGCAGCAGCUGGAGGAGCUCCGGGCCCAGCAGCGCUCACAGGCCCUGCUCAGCCUGCACCGCGGCCUUCACACCUGCAUCUCCAGCCAGCGCCUCCUGCUCCGGAUGCAGGCUCGUGUGCGUGGGCUCCAGUCCAGGAAGCGGUGCCUCCGGCGGCGGGCAGCCCUGGGACAGCUAAACACCAUCCUGCUGGUGGCCCAGCCCCUGCUCCAGAGGCGGCAGAGACUGCAGCUUGGGCAUUGGCGGGGCUGGCACAGCAGCAGAAGGGCCUCGGAGAGAGUGCCAAGCAUGGAGCUGGGGCACUUGGAGAUCCCGGCUGAGCUGGCCGUCAUGCUGAGGAUGGCAGAAGGCCAUCAAGACACCCUAGCUGGGAGCAUCACCGAGUCCCUGCCCCCUGAAGUUCCCGCCCGGCCCAACCUGAGUCUCCCACCAGACAUCGACCGGUUCCCUUUCUCCAGCUUCGUCUCCAUUGCCUUUCAGGAGCCGUCCCUGCCUAUGCCAGGGCAGCCACUGUCCAAGCCCCUAACCCAGCUGGACGGAGAGAACCCUCAGCAUGCCCUGGACAUCAACAGAGUGAUUCUACGGCUCCUGGGGGAUGGAUCCCUGGAAUCCUGGCAGAGGCAGACCAUGUGCACGUACCUGGUGCGGCAGGGGCAGCGCCGGCCAGGGCUGCGGAAUGAGCUCUUCAGCCAGCUGGUGGCCCAGCUGUGGAAGAACCAGGACGAGCAGCAGAACCAGCGUGGCUGGGCCCUCAUGGCUGUCCUGCUCAGUGCCUUUCCCCCACUGCCUGUCCUGCAGAAGCCUCUGCUCAAGUUUGUGUCCGACCAGGCCCCCAGGGGCAUGGCGGCACUGUGCCAGCACAAGCUCCUGGGGGCCUUGGAGCAGUCGCAGCUGACCCCCGGGGCCACUCGGGCCCACCCCCCGACCCAGCUGGAGUGGCUGGCUGGAUGGCGGCGGGGCCGCAUGACACUGGACGUGUUUACCUUCAGUGAGGAGUGCUACUCAGCCGAGGUGGAGUCCUGGACCACCGGGGAGCAGCUGGCCGGGUGGAUCCUGCAGAGCAGAGGCCUGGAGGCACCUCCCCGGGGCUGGUCGGUGUCACUGCACUCCAGGGACGAAUGGCAGGAUUUGGCUGGCUGCGACUUCGUGCUGGACCUGAUCAGCCAAACUGAGGACCUGGGGGACCCAGCUGGUCCCCGCAGCUACCCCAUCGCUCCCCUCGGCUCAACCGAGGCCAUCCCCCCUGCCCCUGGCAUCCGGGCCCCUGCACUGCCCCCAGCACCCCCUCCAGGUCCAGCCCCAACACUGCCCAGCAGGGGCCACACAGGGGAAGCCCAGAGGUCGGGGAGCCUGGACAGCUUCCUGGACGACAUCUUCCAGCCAGUGAUCUCCCCUGGCCACAGCGAUCUGGAACAAAGCCGGACUCUGAGCAGCCGCAUGAAGGGAGGGGGCGCCAUUGGGCCCACACAGCAGGGCUACCCCGUGGCGUACCCAGGAAUGAUUCAGAUGCCUGGAUACCAGCCAGGCAUGGUGCCUGCACCCAUGCCAAUGAUGCCAGCGAUGGGCGCAGUCCCCGCCAUGCCACCCAUGGUGGUGCCACCGCAGCCAGUGCAGCCACUGCUUCCCAGCCUGGACGUGGGGCAGCUGGCCAUCCAGCAGCAGAACUUCAUCAACCAGCAGGCGCUGAUCCUGGCCCAGCAGAUGACCCUGGAGCAGCAGACCCGGCGGCAGCAGCAGCAGCGGCAGGCUCAGGCCUCCGAGGCUGCAUCCAAGGCCCCACCCUCAGCCAUCAUCUCCAAGCCCAAGAAGCCCCCCACACCUCCAGAGGAGUCACAGCAUGCCCUGGAAUCAGAGGGUGGCAGUCAAAGGGAGACCUCCGAGGAGGCUGAAGACAGGCCCUGUCAGCCCAAGAGCUUUCAGCAGAAACGGAACUAUUUCCAGAAGAUGGGGCAGCCACAGAUCACAGUGAGGACGAUGAAGCCCCCAGUCAAGAUCCAGAUCCCCCACGGGGAGGAGCAGGAGGAAGCGGAGGAGGAGGAAGAGCAGGAGGAGCAAGAAGAGGACAGGAGCACAGGUUCACCAUCCACUCUUCCUCCUCCCUGCAUCGUGAAGAAGCCACUGAAGCAAAGUGGGGCCAAAGCUGCAAAAGAGGCUGAAGCUGAGCCAGCCAAGGAGGCAGCAACCAAGGGCCGGAGCCAAGGGCCAGCCCAAGGCAGGGGGACUGUGGUGCGCAGCUCAGACCCCAAGCCCAAGCAGCCACAGCCCAGCAGGGAAAUUGGCAACAUCAUCCGCAUGUACCAGAGCCGCCCAGGCCCCGUGCCUGUGCCCGUGCAGCCAUCCAGGCCUCCCAAAGCUUUCCUGAAGAAAAGUGACCCCAAGGACGAGGCUCUGGCCAAGCUGGGUAUCAAUGGUGCCCACUUGUCCCCAUUGAUGCUGUCCCCCGGCCCAGGGAAGGGCCCCCCACCAGCUGUGGCUCCUCGACCCAAGGUCCCGCUACAGCCUGGGCCUUCAAGCUCCAUCAAGGAAAAGCAGGGGCCCCUUCUGGACCUGUUUGGCCAGAACCUGCCCACUGCCCAGACACCCCCACCUCCACCAGCACCACCAGCACCACCACUGCUUCCACCCAAGGACCCAGAGACCCUUUCCGUGGGGCAUCAUUGCUCAACACAGCCCAUGGAGGACCAGGGGCUCUCCACCCAGCUCCUUGAGCCCUCUGGCAGCGUGUGCUUCUCCUACACUGGCACACCCUGGAAGCUGUUCCUACGAAAGGAGGUAUUCUACCCACGGGAGAACUUCAGCCAUCCCUACUGCCUGCAGCUCCUCUGUGAGCAGAUCCUGCGGGACACCUUCUCCGAGUCCUGCAUCCGGAUUUCCCGGGAUGAGCGGCACAAAAUGAAAGACCUGCUGGGAGACUUGGAGGUGGACCUGGACUCCCUCACCACCACUGAAGACAGCGUCAAGAAGCGAAUCGUGGUGGCCGCUCGGGACAACUGGGCCAAUUACUUCUCCCGCUUCUUUCCUGUCUCGGGCGAGAAUGGCAGUGACAUGCAGCUGCUAGCCGUGUCCCACCGCGGGCUGCGACUGCUCAAGGUGACCCAAGGCCCCGGCCUUCACCCCAACCAGCUGAAGAUUCUCUGCUCAUACAGCUUUGCAGAGGUGCUGGGUGUGGAGUGCCGAGGCAGCUCCACCCUGGAGCUGUCGCUGAAGAGCGAGCAGCUGGUGCUGCACACGGUCCGUGCCAGGGCCAUCAGGGCGCUGGUUGAGCUGUUCCUGAGUGAACUUAAGAAGGACUCCGGCUAUGUCAUCGCCCUGCGCAGCUACAUCACUGAUAACAGCAGCCUCCUCAGCUUCCACCGUGGGGACCUCAUCAAGCUGCUGCCGGUGGCUACCCUGGAGCCAGGCUGGCAGUUUGGCUCUGCUGGGGGCCGUUCCGGACUCUUUCCUGCCGACAUAGCACAGCCAGCUGCCGCUCCCGACUUUUCCUUCUCCAAAGAGCAGAGGAGUGGCCGGCACAAGGGCCAGCUGUCCAACGGGGAACUAGGGUUGACUCGGUGGGACAGGGCCUCAGAGCGCCCUGCUGGCCCCUGGAGCCAGGCACACAGUGAUGACUCAGAGGCCACCAGCCUGCCCUCCUCAGCGGCCUACGCCUCUCUGCCCCCCGACUCCAGCAACUACACCAUGCAGGAAUUCGCCCUGCGUUACUUCCGGAAGUCCGAGGCCUCGCUGAGCCAGACAGGUGGAGGUGCUGCCAGGAAGGACACAGACAGCCUGCUGCAGUACACCAAGGCUCCCAUCCAGGAGUCACUCCUCAUACUCAGUGAUGACAUGAGCAAGCAGGCUGUGGCCAGCUUCCUGGCCCUGAUGCAGUUUAUGGGCGACCAGUCCAAGCCCCGGGGCAAGGAUGACAUGGAUCUGCUCUAUGAGCUGCUGAAGCUGUGCCAGGAGGAGCAGCUCAGGGAUGAGAUUUACUGCCAGGUCAUCAAGCAGGUCACGGGACACCCCCGGCCGGAACGCUGCAUUCGAGGCUGGAGCUUUCUCAGUCUUCUCACAGGCUUCUUCUCCCCAUCGACCAAGCUGAUGCCCUACCUGACCAAGUUCCUGCAGGAUUCAGGCCUCAGCCAAGAGCUGGCCCAGAGCAGCCAGGAGCACCUCCAGCGCACAGUCAAAUAUGGGGGGCGACGGCGGCUGCCCCCAGCGGGUGAAAUGCAGGCUUUCCUGAAAGGACAAACCACCCGCCUGCUUCUUAUUCACCUGCCGGGGGGUGUGGAUUAUAGGACGAAUAUCCAGACUUUCACGGUGGCAGCAGACGUGCAGGAGGAGCUGUGCCGGCAAAUGGGUAUCAUGGAGCCACAGGAAGUGCAGGAAUUUGCCCUCUUCCUCAUCAAAGGGGAGGGUGAGCUGGUGCGGCCCCUACGGCCCGCUGAGUACCUCAACAAUGUGGUGGUGGACCAGAACGUGAGCCUGCACAGCCGGCGGCUCGGCUGGGAGAUCCCACUGCACUUCGACAACUCCACCUACAUUACCACCCACUACGGCCAGGUGCUACGGGACUACCUUCAGGGGAAGCUGCCAGUCAGUGCCCAGGCAGACGCGCAGCUCGCCACGCUGGCCGCCCUGCAACACCUCAGCAAGGCCAACAGGAACACUCCCUCAGAGCAGGACCUGCUGGCUUAUGUGCCAAAGCAGCUGCACUGGCAGGUGAACAUGGCCUCCAUCAAGAACCUGAUGGAGAAGGAGCUGAGACGGCUGGAAGGACAUAGGCCCCGGGAAGCACAGAUCAGCUUUAUUGAGGCCGUGCGCCAGCUGCCUCUCUUUGGCCACACUGUCUACGUGGUGCUGCGAGUGAGCAUGCAGGCCCUGCCCGGAUCCGCCCUACUGGGACUCAACCGCCAGCAUCUCAUCCUCAUGGACCCCGGCUCCCAGAGCCUGUGCUGCCGCAUUGCCCUGAAGAGCCUUCAGCGGGUCCACCUGCUAAGCCCGCUGGAGGAGAAAGGGUCCCCUGGCCUGGAACUCAACUAUGGCUCGGCUGACAACCCCCAGACCAUCUGGUUUGAGCUGCCGCAGGCCCAGGAGCUGCUAUACACCACUAUCUUCCUGAUGGACAGCAAUGCCUCUUGCACUGAGUAGCCCAGCGUCAACUGAGAGCACCACAGGCGGGGUGGAGACCAGGAAGAGGCCUUCCCGGCCCAAGUCUUACCCUAAUGGUCUGCCUCGGAUGCUAUCAGAUCACUGUUCCAGAACCUGCCACAGCACAGCACAGCACAGCUGGCCCAUGUGCAGGCCACGAGGGCAGGGACUGCUAUCAUGUCACCAACAGGGAAAGAAAACAGACCCUCUCCAGGAUGGCCUGGGCCCAAAGGGGACUGCAGGAACUCGGCUGGGGCAUCUGAGGUUGCCCGGUCUGAGGGAGAUGCCCACCCGGCCCCAGGCACACCCAGGCCUGGGAGAAACAACUGCUGAGGAAAUAAAA